AUGAAUAAUCCUGUGAGAAACCGGAGAACGGAUCAUGUUAAUGACACAGUCCGAUCAGGAAUGUCUCGAUUAGAAAAUGUCAUGGGUGACUCGAUGCUCAAGAUUCGACUCAUGCCAUCCAAAGUCAAGAUUAUAUUUUUUCUUUCGGCUGCUGUUUCCUUACUCUUCUACAUGUAUCUGGCACACUGGUUGUUCCAAAGUGAUCCAGAAAUUCAUCUAGAAAGUUUGCUGGAAACAGACAAGUGCCCUGCUUGCUACGGAGGGUCUGCUUGCUCCAUGUUUUAUUAUAAGCAGAUUGAAUUCUCUGGGAUGUCCAAGUUCAGGACCUUUGAUGUCAUGAACACUAAGAACGUUCACUAUGGCACUUUAAAACCUGAUGGCAGGCAAGUGGUUGUCAAAAAGUUAGCCUCAGAUUCAGAAUUGAAGAAAAUGGAUGAGAGACUAUGUAAAGAUGCUAAAAGGGAGCCUGGUUGUGAUAUCGCUCGUGUGAUAACUCGUACAGACAUGGCUUUGCCUUUGAGAGAUGGACCACUCGUCCCAGAGAUAAUGAAAAAAACAGGAGCAUUUAUGUUUUACUGUCCCAGCUAUAGACUUAUUGACAGGGUCUCAACAUAUUUCAAAGAGUACAAGAAGAAGGAUCAGACGAUGGGGUCAGAUAAAAUGCAUGUGCUUUACUCUGCGCUUGUUAACCCUGAAGUGCUGCUUUUGCAGGCUUUUCCUAAAUCUGAAGGCUGGCCAUUCCCAGAAUACCUAGGGUCCUGUGGUCGGGCAGUUGUUGUAGAGAAUGCAGGGCGACUUUUAGCAGACUUUGUGGACACAUCCUUUCACAUCCGAGCUGGCAUUGCCUAUGAGCUCUUGAAGAUUGCAGAGAAGUUGACAACAAAGUCAGAUUUUGUCUUGUAUCUCACGGAUGUCAGCUAUGAAAACUUUGCGGUUGAUAGCAGUGGGAAAGUUACAGUGAUUGAUCUCGAAAACAUCAUUGUUGUUGACAAACUGGCAAUACAGGCUCGGAAACCUAAAGACUGGAAUGAGCCACAUGAGGGCAUGUUUAGCGAGUGUGGUGGCAAGAACUGCCUCCAUAUUGAAAAUGAUAACCUCUGCACACACCUCAACAGCGAUCACAACUAUAACGCUAUUUGCCGAAAUUUGCUCUCCAAGUAUGCAGUGGAGGACAGGAUGCCACAAGGCUUUCUUCAUGACAUGCCAGUUGAGGCAGAAGACUACUGGGAUUUGGGCAACUUAUUAGAAGAGUGUGCUCGGCCAAGACAGAAGGAAGGAAGGUGGAAGGCAAAAGAUAAACUGUUGGUGGCAUUAGAGGCCUUGAAAGAUGGAAGGAGAGAACAUUUAGAUGUACUACAUGACAAAGAAAAGAAGGAAAGUAAACAUGUCUUGGAGAAAGAAGUGAUUGGUGAUUGA